AUGACGACGAUUGGAAAAAUUGAUGUUUUUGAUGAAACCCAAGAAAGCUGGGAGACGUAUGUUGAACGAAUACAACAUUUUUUCGCUGCAAACGAUGUCGACGACAAUCAUCAAGUGCCAACUCUGCUGAGUUUGAUUGGAAGCAAAACGUAUUCAUUAUUAAAGGAUUUACUUUUGCCAGAAAAACCUGCAGACAAGAACUUUGAUGAAAUAGUAAGUACAUUACAGAAGCAUUUAAGUCCUAAACCACUAGAAAUAGCCGAACGGUUUCGUUUUUAUAAGAGAAAUCAGCAAGAAGGGGAGAGCAUUUUAAGUUAUAUAACUGAGUUAAAGAAAUUAACCACACAUUGCAAUUUUGCAAGUAACUUGGAAGAAACCUUGCGCGACAGAUUGGUGUGUGGAUUAAGUAAUCAGCAAAUUCAGAAACCAUAG